AUGCCGAAGAAAAGACACCCAACGCAGUUCACCAAGCCGCCGACGACCGCGCCGGCAUCUCUCAGUCUCUCGUCGUCGUCCUCGCGCAAUGCUGACCACCAUGAACGCUCAGUCAACGAGCUCCUCGCAAAUAUGCGACGGAGCACCUUGAACUCGAGCCCAAGCCCGGCCCUGCAGUCGCAACUCCACGCCUCGCCCAGUGUGCCUCCAGACCUUCGUAGCAUCCUCCAACUCCCCGAGUCCCCGGCGCCCCCGCCUCGACGGCUCCAGCGCCGCUUCAUCAACGGCCGCCGUGGUCCUCCCGGCCCACCGCCACCGAGAAGCUGGAUAACCUUUGCCGAGUCCCUGCACGUGGCCUCCUCGCCGAACUACUUUGGCUGGAAAGACGGCACGACCAGUACCCUUCGGGCCCUUCCUCUACCUGGCGCGUAUUACCCGAAAGAGCAGAGCCUUAUCGCGAUGGUCUUGCGCCGCAUGGCCGUGGACUGGGACCAGCAGCAGGACUGGAACAGGUUCUACAUCUACACGCUGCCGAGUCGACUGCGCACGGCGCUCAUUGCGUACAUAUCAGAACUUUACCACCUGGGCCUCAACGCUCGGGACCUGCGGCUGAUCCUGCAGGGCCCGCCGCUCGACGAACUCGAACAGUACGGUGUGGCGCCGCCGGACCUUGCCAGCUUGAAUGAAGACGUCAGAGAUCUCGAUCUCACAGGAUCGAUAGGCAGAAUGUUGAGCGUCAAGGAGGUCGGCGACCUACUCUUUCCGGCAGCAAAAGCACCUGAGCAAGAUGCAACGGUGCUGGAAUCCUGGGACGCGCCGGCACCAACAGCCGCACCCCUCCGACUCUUACCCAACCUGACACGUCUCUCACUCGCCAUUGAUCCGACCAUCGCGAAGCCCCCGUCGUGGAAACACCUGCUGGCCAUCGCCAGCAAGCUCAACACCGUGACGCAUCUCAGCCUCGUCGGCUGGCCGGAGCCAUCACUCACGCCCAACGCAAAGCACACGAAAGUCAUAUCCCCGACGACCGGCCAGUCCGUGCAGUACAGCGGUACGGGGACGUACAGCCACACGCUGGACGACGACUGGACCGAGGCGACGCUGAUACUGCGCCGGCUGAGCGGCCGGAUGUACAGCCUCGAGUACCUGGAUCUCUGCGGUUGCGCGGACUGGUUCCCGGCGCUCAAGUACGUGGUGCGCGACGACGGGAACUCUUCCGCGUGUGUCGACUGGGCAGGAGACUGGGGCAAGAUCUCGACGCUGAGGCUCACGUCGGGCUAUGCGCUGCCGGAGUGGCAGGAGUCUUCCUGGGCAGGACAGGCGGCGCAAAGACAGGGGCAGGGGCAGGAAGGCGCCAGAGGCGGCAGCCGCCCGACCAAGGCUCAGAUCAUCAAGUACGACGAGUGGGUGAGAGCCGCGUCCGAGGUCGAAAAGCACAUCCGCGUGCAGCGAGGCGGACGGGGGAAGUGGAUCACAGUCGAGCGGGAUGUCCUGCCCGAAUAUGCCAAAAAGGUGUUGGAGUGGGAGGCCGCGCAGCAAGCAGCGCGGUGA